AUGCCUACUAACGGUGAUAAAUUUGAGCGCCGUGACUCGGUGGUGCAACAACGGCGACUAUCAAAGCAGUUUAAAAAUUGCUCGUGGCUAGCUCCCCCAUCAGAUACUAUUUAUGCAGGAAUUUCGGGCUACUUUUCAACAAGCAAGCCUUCCACCGUCGCUAUUGCCUUUCGCGAUACUACUUACCUACUGGACUUCAUCGAGAAGGUGUUUGAUACCCCCGAGCACAAAGAAGGUGCAGAAGCAACGAUAGAUUUCAUUGUCUCGGAACUGAAGUCAUAUGGAGAAAAACAUCUGGAAAAGAUUAUUGGCGCUUGCAUGCCCAAACAUGUUGCGGACAGAUUACCCAGACUGUGCUCACGCCUAUGGGCAGAGCUUGACAUCCUCUGUCUAGUACUUCCAGAAUCUACUCUGGACGAUCAAUACACCUCACGUGUCCCAAAGGGCACAAGGAAGGGGGACCCCAAAUCGAUCGACGAGCAGGCGGAGUCCAUGUCACGAAAAUGUGUGCGAUUGUUUGGCCCGGAGAACCUCCCCUUGCUACAAGUGGGUUUCAUGGGUCUCGUCGAAGUUGAUACAAAUUUCCAUGUCCAAAUAACGGAUCUUGAUGGUUUUAAGUCAACUGUGUCUCCUAGAACGUGGUCUGCCGUGGAGCACUACGCUGCUGACCUGAAGGAACGAAAUGUUCGAAUUGCCUUCUUCAGUGCAACUCCGCAGGGUGGUGGAGUAGCCCUGAUGCGGCAUGCCCUGGGGGUUGCACGACCUGGUGAGCGAUUGACUAUCGAUAAUAAGAAAUUGCUGCACGAAUGGAUUGAAGAAAACGCCAGACGAUACUGGACCGGGCCUAACGGUCCACUACUAGCCCCAUCAGAGGGAGGAGCAGAUGUGAUCAUCGUGGAUGACCCUCAGAUGCCAGGUCUCAUACCUAUCGCCAAGAAGCAUGCACCAAACCGACCAGUCAUCUUUCGUAGUCAUAUUCAGAUUCGCAGCGAUCUUAUCAAGCAGCCAGGAUCCCCGCAGGCUGAAGCAUGGGAGUUUCUUUGGAGUCAAAUUAAGCUUGCCGACUGUUUCAUCAGUCAUCCUGUAAGCUCAUUUGUACCAAGCGAUGUCCCACCAGAGAUGGUGGGCUAUAUGCCAGCGGCGACAGAUUGGCUGGAUGGGUUGAACAAGAACAUGCGCGAGUGGGAUGUAGCCCACUACGGCCGCAUCUUCAAUACAGCCUGCAGACUUGCAGAUAUGACGACGAUUUCUUAUCCUGAAGAUAAGUACAUCGUGCAGAUCGCACGGUUCGACCCAUCCAAAGGCAUCAUGGAUGUACUGGAUUCGUACGAGAAGUUUUACGACCGACUAGUCAAAGCUCGGCCUGAUCUGGUACCUCCAAAGCUAUUGAUCUGCGGCCAUGGGUCGGUGGAUGACCCGGAUGGAACAGUGAUUUACGAUGCUGUGAUAGAUCAUAUUGAAAAGAAUAUUCCACACUUGCGGCAUCUGAUCUGCGCCAUGCGGCUGCGGCCUUCAGAUCAGGUUUUGAAUGCUCUUCUCUCCAAGGCUACUAUUGCACUCCAGUUGUCUACCCGUGAAGGGUUCGAAGUCAAAGUCUCCGAGGCCAUCCACAAGGGCAAGCCAGUGAUCGUCACGCGUGCUGGUGGAAUCCCCCUGCAGGUUGAGCACGAUAAGAACGGAUUCUUGGUGGACGUGGGUGACACCGAUGCCGUUGCACAGCAUUUGUAUGAUUUGUGGACGGACGACGCCCUUUACCGCCGUAUGUCGGACUAUGCCCACAGCCACGUCUCGGAUGAGAUGGGCACGGUGGGCAAUACCAUGCUUUGGCUUUACCUCGCCUCAAAGUUGACCAAGGGGGAAGCGAUGAAGCCAAAUGGGCGCUGGAUUAAUGACAUGGCCUUCGAGGAGCUUGGUCUUCCCUCGACAAGAAACGUGGACCAUCUCAAGCGAGCAGUGCAGGUGAAAAACAUGGGAUGA